AUGCCUUUGCAUCUGGUAAUUGUCACUCUUUUUAAAAUGUUACGUAAUAAAGUUAAUCGUGAACGAAAACGUUGUCGUAAGAGCUAUUAUCAAUCUAAAGUUCAUAAUUUACGUAACACUAACCCCCGAGAUUGGUGGCGGGAAGUGAAGCAGUUGUGUGGCACAUCUAAACUAAACAACAAAAGUGUAAAAGACCGCCUUCAUCAAGAUUUAUGGCAGGAGACAGACAUAAACCUCAGUAAUAAAAUUAACAAUGUUUUUAUAAAUGUGAUACAGAACUAUGUUCCAUUAUCUGAAGAUACGGCUGUAAUUAUACACAACGAUGAAACGCCUAUUAUUGUGACCGAGUCAACUAUAGCUAGAAAAUUGCAAGAAAUUAAUACAUCGCGUUCCAGUAGCCCUGACGGUAUUCCCAAUUGGGUUUUAAAAACCUAUUCGGAUAUUCUCGCCUCACCAGUUGCAAAUAUAAUCAAUUCUUCCUUUCAAAGCUGUAAAGUCCCUCAAAUUUGGAAGCUGGCCGAUGUGGUCCCCUUACCAAAAACAUCUACUGUCAAAGAUUUGGAAAGGGAAUUACGACCUAUUUCCUUAACUUCCACUCUAUCAAAGAUAGCGGAACGUCUUGUAAUCGAAAGAGAA